AUGAAUGACGCGCUUUAUUUUCUCUACCAGCAUACGAGUAGCUUUGAAAAGUUAACGGACUAUGAACCAGCGGUGCUGGUCGAGGCGUCACCACUGGAGCCGUACCAGACCCUGGCUCCAGCGGACGUCGAGCUGGACUUUGCUGUACUGGUUCCCGAGGCUUGUGCUCGGCUCUGGGGCUGGCCACGAAACACCCUUGUCUCGGUAAACGGUAAACACUGGGCGUAUGUGGAACUCGUAGAAAGCGAGGUGCAGCAUUCGACGCAACCGGCACAGGUCUGGUUGACGCAACCGCUCUGGUGGACGCUGCACCACAGCGACGACGACGAUGAGGUACCGUGUCCAACGACUCGUCGUUGCUGGUUGAGUCUCCGUCAAGCAGCGCGUUAUGAACCGAUCCGCUGGCGACUAGGAAGCGUGCCGGCGACUCGGGUCGUUGCGGAAGCAGUUCCUCGCGCAAAGCGUGUACGCGUGGCGGUCAUCAACGACGGUAGGAUCAGGGACCUCGACGCUGAGGUCGCAUCAGCGCUCGUACAAGCGGCAUUUCGUCGAUUCAUAACCGAACGAGCACCUCAUAGACCGCUCUUGCUCAAGGUCGGGGAUGUGCUGGCGGUGCCGUUGCCCGCCUUUGCUGAGCCCGAACGGCAAGCGCAGACUCGCGCGGACUCCAGUGAGGUGCCCUGUCGAGCCGCUGCACCAGGCACGGAAUUCGUGCAGCACUCGCUUACCAGCUGGUUCGAGUCCAUUCAUCGCCCGGUAUUCUAUACACGGGUUAUGGCGGUGGAUGCUGACGAUGACGCUGCUGCCUCGGUAUCGACGUCGUCACUGCAGAAGAUCGUCAGCGACCUCGGUGCAGCUGUCGAUGCCGAUCGAACUCGACUGCUGCAGGAGGCGCACCUUCCCGGACAGACUGUCUAUCCGCUGCGGAAUCGUUGGCAUCUCCGAGCUCGAGCCUGGGAGAGAAUGCUCUUCGAGCAGGCACUGGAGCCGCUGAACAAGUUGAAACAGGUGCUGGACGCGAGCCUCGCAUGGAUGCGUUCACCGGGUAGCGAGUCGAGCAGCAAGCGGGGUGCCCCAGGCCCACCGCUCUCCGUUUUGGCGGUGCUCGUGUAUGGAAAUCGGCCACUUCAGACGUUGUGGACGUGUUUGCAGGAACUGAAUGCCUGGGGUAUGCAUUUAUGUGAAAUCGAUUGCGCACUGCUAAUGCCGGCAGGUGUCGCAGACCGGACACCCGCGAGCGCUUCCAACUCGAGGGCGACGGCAACGCUGGACCCGUGGCAAACGCUGUUAGCUCAUUUGCGACUGGCAGAGGAGCGGUGGCGAGACGCCUGGCCUGCUGUCCUGUUUCUGUCUCGCUUUGACGUUCUGGUGCGACUUGUAUCACCGGGCGCUUUGGAGCAGGGCGUCAACGUGGAGGUGCAACGCGCACUGCUGGCAACGCUGCGGCGUCUGCUGGGCGAUCGCACCUGGUACAUAGACACGGCAAGCGUAGGUAGCAGCUCGACGAAGCCACCGCUGACCCGUUCGGUGUCCGGAGUGGUGCAUCACGGAAUGCGCUCAGAGACGGUAAGUGGACAGGUUAGGCGCUGGUUGGUGUUUGUGGAUGUUUCAGCGACGACGUUGACGCCGGCGGAUUUGCCUGCAUCCUUGCGGGGUUUACUGACCGCUGCUUUGGAGACGCCUCCAGUGACGCGGUUGGAAGUUGUACGGGCGCUUGAGCGUACGCUGGUGCAUGAAUUGGGCACCAGCAUUCCGUUUGGCGACGCUUUCCGCCGCAGACUGGGGGCAGCGCUUGCCGAUAUCCAGACCUGGAGAGAGUCGGAAGCGUUGGCCUUGCUUCGGCGUUUGGCGGGUCGUUUGCAGGUGGCCUCUGUGAACGGCACCCCGGCGCCAGGCGAUAUCGAGCAGUACAUUACGUUGGUUGCUGAUAGUGCGCGCUUCUUCCAGCGGAUGCGAAUGGCGGUUACUGUGGGGAUUCCCAGUGUACCACAGGUCCGCUGGACCGAUAUCGGUGGACUCGAGGCCGCCAAGGAGGAAGUCCGCACCCUCUUGGGAUCAGGUCCGGGAUUCUCGUCGUCGUCGUCGUCAGCAGCAGCAGCAGCAGCGGGGAGACGGCUACCUCGUCGAUCAGGGAUUCUGUUUUACGGACCUCCGGGGACGGGUAAAACGCUGUUGGCCAAGGCGAUAGCAAGCGCGUGCGGAUGUGCAUUUAUUAGUGUCAAGGGACCCGAACUCAUGAAUAUGUAUAUUGGCGAAAGCGAGCGGAAUAUUCGGGAGAUUUUCACGAGAGCCCGACAAAGCGCGCCUUGUGUCAUUUUCUUUGACGAACUCGAUAGCAUUGCGCCUCGACGGGGUGCUGGCAGUGACUCGGGAGGCGUCUCUGAUCGCAUGGUUGCCCAGCUGCUCGCGGAAAUCGAUGCUUGUCAGAUGAGCAGUCGUCCAGGUCGACUUGCAUCCGUGGCAACGGUGCUUGGGGCAGCCGUCGAUGAUGCAGCAGCAGCAGCAGCAGCAGUGGAUACGUCGGCUUCGCGGCCCACAGCGGCGGUAUUUGUCCUUGGUGCUACCAAUCGACCCGAUUUGUUGGAUCCAGCGCUCUUACGACCUGGUCGCUUCGAGCGCUUGGUAUAUAUCGGUGCCCCGUCGACGAUGGCGGAGAAGCUUCAGGUCUUGGAAGCGCUCACCUCGAAGUUUCAGCUCGCACCGGAUGUGGAUCUCCAGCAGGUUCUUGCUUCUGCACCUCCCGUGCUCACUGGAGCAGACCUGUACGGGCUUGCGGCGCAGGCGUGGGUACGUGCUGCAAAACGAACCCUUGCUGAAAGCACGCUCGGAAAUGCGUACAGGGACCUCAUGAAACGACUUGUUGGUGACAGCGACCAGCGCGGUAGUUCAGAGGCCGCAUCGAAUGGUGCUACCACUGCCACUGCUGCUGCUGCUGAAACUACUGGAGAUGCUGCGACAUCGACCAGGUUGUCUACGACGUCCGCAAACGGUAGCGAGCCGGUAUCUAGCGUCGCAGACGCCUCCUCGGAGACCGUAACACCGCUGGUGAUCGUACGGCAGGAGGAUUUGCUGGAAGCAGCGCUUCAAGCGACCAGCUCAGUGAGUUCCACGGACCUGCAGCGCUACCGGGAGCUGUUUGAGCGCUUUACCACCUCGAAUCGAAACGAUGUUGCCUCAUGGGAUGGGAACCUGGAUGCCGUCACCGCCACCGCGACGCAACCCUGA